GCUCUGACGCGUCUGCUCUUCUCCUUUCCAUUCCUGCUUCCUCUUCAUCUUUUGAACACUCCUCAUUCUCCUAUUCGAACAGUCAGCGGUUGGUUCUUCUUCCUGUCAGUCAGCAAAUGGAUUCAAAGGCCAGGCGCGCCAAAGUCCCGCAGCAGCCGCGGAUGCUCACGGAAUCUGAGAGAGCGCGGUUAGAUGAGUUUCAAGAUCUGAUUCAUUACUCCAGUCGAUAUUCAGACGACCACUUUGAAUACAGACACGUCGCGCUGCCGAAAAACAUGCUGAAAGUGAUCCCAAAGGACUACUUUGAUCCCGAAACCGGCACCCUGCGAAUCCUGCUCGAGGAGGAGUGGCGCGGGCUUGGAAUCACCCAGAGUUUAGGAUGGGUGCAUUACGAAACGCAUAGUACGUGAACACAUAGAGCUGAGGUGAGAGAAUGCAUCGAAUUGAGCUAACUUCCUUCCUCUCGCGUUAUAGCACCGGAACCGCACAUUCUGCUGUUCAA